AUGGCUAAAUCUACACAACCAACCAAACAACAGAAUAAAAAGACGUCGAAUAGAAGAAGAAAGAAAAGAAGAACUGAAGAUUUUUCAUCAUCAUCAGAGUCAUCCUCUUCAUCAUCAGAUUCAGAAUCAGAAGUGGAAGAAAUAAAUGAAACAAUAAAUGAAACAAAUGACAACAUAAUACCCAACCCAAUCAAUGUUGAUGAUAUAGAACUAGAUAUAGAGGAAAAAUCAAACAAAUAUGCCCCUGAAAAUUUAACAUACGACCAAAAGCAAAAACUAUCAAAAAUUCCAUUUACAAAAACCCCAAUAUCAUCAAUAACAAACUCAAAUACAACAACAGCUUUGAAAAAUAUACCCAACCUUACGGAAAUCAACAAUCAAAUAUCACAACAAAAACAACAAAUAAAUACAGAUUUCUUAAAAAUUAUGUCAACUGAAUUUAGUAAUGAUUUAGAUGAACUAAGAACAAAACCUGAUUUUAAACAAAAUUCUUUAAUUACAUUAGCUAAAGCUUUACAAAGUGGUUCUAAUAUGUUUGAUUAUGAUAUUAUUAAGGGAUUGUUGCAACAAGAAGAAACACAAAAAAUUGAACAAAAUUGA